AUGGCAAAGGCGCUUCUCACCGCGCUGAUAUGUGUUAGGUACACCGUCAUCACAACGGUACGGUCACAGGAAAAGGGCGAUCAUGUUAUCAAAGCACAACCCGAGUCGUUGAAGCCCAAACUUUCAUAUGCAAUCGUGGGCGAUAUUGCUCAACGCGACGCUUUCAAUGCCGUCGUUCGAUCUAACCCUGAUCUCGACUAUGUGAUUCAUACUGCAUCCCCGUUUCUGGCCAAGUUUGAAGACCCUGUUUUAGAUGUUCUCGAACCGGCCAUCAAUGGAACCGUGGGCAUUCUCAGGGCUAUUAAAGAGCAUGCUCCCCAGGUAAAACGAGUGGUUAUCACCUCUUCUUUUGCAGCCAUCGUAAACACUGAAUCACCACCAAAAGUUUACGAUGAAAGCUCAUGGAAUCCUGUUACAUGGGAUGAGUCUUUGUCAGAUAAGUCGAAGACAUAUCGUGGAAGCAAGUUUUCUGAUUACCGCGUCACCAUGCAGACGUUUGCAGAAAAGGCUGCAUGGGGAUUUUUCGAUAAAGAAAAGCCUUCAUUCGAUAUUACCACUAUUAACCCGCCACUUGUUUAUGGUCCUGUUGCUCACCACCUAGAGAAUCUUGAUCGGCUGAACACGUCAAAUUUGAACAUUCGAGAUAUUAUCCAGGGCAAAUACAAAGAUAGCCCCCUGCCUCCCACGGGGACAUUUCUUUUCACCGAUGUCAGGGACCUUGCACUUGCGCAUGUGAGGGCUAUUGAGGUUCCUGAAGCUGGAGGGAAGCGUUUCUUCGUCGUUGCGGGACACUGCUCGCAUAAGCAAAUUGUCGAUGGGCUUCGGAAGACUCAUCCUGAGCUUUCGUCCCGGCUUCCUGAAAAUCCGCGGGACGAUUUCCCUACCGAUGUGUACGGCUAUGACAAUUCAAGAGCGAGGGAAAUACUCGGGAUUGAAUUUAAAUCGCUCCAAGACUGUAUUAGAGAUACCGCCACUUCACUUCUUGAAUUAGGUGCAUGA